AUGCUGCUCGCCAAGUUCCUCUUGCUGCCGUUCGCAGUCGCAUCGACCGUUACACUUUAUGUGUCGUCUGUGCCUGUCUCCGAAGGCACCGCCAUCAUCCCGUCGGCAAUUCCCCUCGCACAGAUCGAGUACGAUGCAGAUCAGUCCGUUGGCACAUUGGCUUCGUACACACCACCGACGGGCUCCUACUCCGACGACCAUCUCCUCCGCGUCGGGUUGACAGACGCCAAGACUGGAUCAUGGCGGGGCAUCGUUACUUCAGCAGCCAGCUUUGCGGACCAAUACCACAAGAAGUUCAUCGUGCACGUCGACGAGAAGGGUGAACCGUACCACGUGGGCUUUGGAACAAGCGCAAAGGGUGCUGGAAAUGAAGUGGAAGUCGAGAUUGUGAAAAGAAACUUGGGACCCAAACCUGUGCUGAACAAACCCAUCGUGCUGAAUGCUGAUGGCAAGUUGGAGGCCAAGGAACCUGAGAAGACCCUCCUGCAGAAGUACUGGUGGGCUCUUGCUCUCUUUGUGGUAGUACAGCUGGCCUCAGCUGGGGGAGACGGCAAAUAA